AUGGUACUGACACCGUCGGCAGUUUGGAGAAUGCUGAGGCCGGUCUCGAACCCGUGCCGCCUCGCGAGCAGGUCGAUGGGCCACGUGUGCAGUGGCAGCGGCGGCGAUUCGGGAGGUUCCGACGAAGACCCGGCGACGAAGGGAGAGAAAGGGCUGCCCCCGGACCUGGUCAAAGUGGGCGAAGAGGAAAACCCCAACUUCUACAGGAUGGUGGAGUACAACGCCUACAAGGCUUUGAAUAUCUUGAAGCCGAGGUUCCUCGCGUCGAUGAAAGAAAGAGCCCAAAGAAGCGGAGUGCCGGAAAAGACACAAAAGCACCGAGUGGAAGGUAUCAUGGCGCUGAUCAAGAACCCCACCUGCGUCUGCGGCGUCCACUUCCCGAUCAAGCGGGACGACGGCACCUACGAGAUCAUCGACGCCUUCAGGGUCCACCACUGCAACCACAAGAUCCCUCUCAAAGGAGGUAUAAGAUAUUCUGAAGAAGUCAACAUAGACGAAGUCAAAGCUCUGUCAGCCCUGAUGACUUACAAAUGCGCAUGCGUGUCGGUCCCUUACGGUGGAGCGAAAGGAGGUGUUAGGAUUGACCCGAGCAAGUAUUCAGAGAACGAAUUGGAAAAGAUAACGAGAAGAUACGCCCUGGAACUGAUUAAAAAAAAUUUAGUUGGACCCGGUAUUGACGUACCAGCGCCGGAUGUGAACACUGGCGGAAGGGAGAUGUCUUGGUUUGUGGACACUUACAUGAAGACUUUCGGUCAUACAAACAUCAACGCGAUGGGCUGUAUCACCGGAAAGCCGAUAUUCUACGGCGGGAUCAGAGGAAGAGUGACAGCUACCGGGAGAGGGCUGUGGAACGCCUCCCAGCUGUUCAUCAACAAUAAGGACUACAUGAACAGCAUUGGCUGUGAGCCCGGCUACAAGGGCAAGACCUUCUGCGUCCAGGGUUUCGGAAACGUGGGCUCGAACGCAGCGCGUUAUUUCGAGGCGGAAGGAGGCAAGUGCCUCGCCAUCGCGGAACGAGAUGGAACUAUCUACAACCCAGAUGGAAUCAACGUGCACGAUUUCACGGAGUACUGGAAUAAGAACCGGAAGGUGAUGGGCUACGGGAAGGGCACGAAGGAAAUGAAGAGCAGCAACGACAUCCUGUACAUACCCUGCGACUUCCUCAUGCCCUGUGCCACUGAGAAGACCAUCCGGAAGACCAAUGCUGAAAAGAUCAACUGCAAGUUCAUCUUUGAAGGAGCCAACGGGCCUACGACUCCAGCCGCGGACAAGAUCCUGUUCAAGAAAGGCACAGCCAUCCUCCCAGACAUCCUGGGUAACGCCGGAGGUGUGACGGUGUCUUACUUCGAAUGGUUGAAGAACAUCAACCACGUUUCCUACGGCAGGCUGUCCUUUGGAUACGAUGAAGAAAAUACAAGGCUACUUUUGGAUUCGGUGGCAAAGUCCCUUAAAGACCAAUUAGGAAAAGAUAUAAAGAUCGACCCUUCACCAGAAUUUAAAAAGAGGUUAUACGAAGCUACCGAAAAAGACAUAGUCCAAGCUGGUCUGGCUUAUACCAUGUACAUGACUGCAACGGAAUUGAUAAAGACUACAAAGGAAUUUGGUCUCCAACCACAGAACCUACGCUUAGCAGCUUACGUCAGUUCCAUAUUUAAGGUUUACAAAGCUUUAGAAGAGGCUGGUUUAACCAUUACAUAA